CUGCGUCAGCAAUCCUCAGCCUGGUCGAGCUCAAUACCUUGUACCAUUAGUGGUCGGAUCUAAACACUGACGGCCUCAUCACAACAGAACAGCGACCACAAUCACCACACCCACUCUCUCAGCAUCUCGCCUCGCUCAACGUCCAGAUUCGACAACGUACGGAAAGAUAUCCAUCAUCCGCCGCCAUGGCUGAACGCAAUCUCUCCCAGAUCGUCGCACAGCUCAAGAAAUCCCCCUCUAUGAGCUACAGCGAUGCGAACACGCUCCUCUCCAAAGCCAAAAUCGCACUGCUCAACCUCAAAGCCCUCACGCCCAACGCUGCCGUACCGCAGUCCACCCUUGCCCUCGCACGCGAGACCUACGAACAGGGCGCCCUCUUCGCCAUCCGCGCCCGCAACCCGGAGGCCUUCACCCGCUACGUCCAGCAACUCCAGCCCUUCUACGAGCUGCCCUCGUCACGGCUCCCCCCCAACCUGUCGGAGAGGAACAAGGUCACCGGUCUGAGCCUGCUGCUGCUCCUCACACAGGGCCGCUACGCAGAAUUCCACUCCGAGCUGGAGAGCCUGGCCAACCGCGAGGGAGGAGGUGGUGACGUCGAGGGCGACAAAUACCUGGGCUACCCGAUCCGCCUGGAGAGGUGGCUGAUGGAGGGCAGCUACGAUCGCGUGUGGAAGGCCAUGAAGAGCAGCGAAGUGCCGUGCGACGAGUACAGUGUCUUUUCAGAGAUCUUGAAGAACCAGAUCCGCUCCGAGAUCGCCAGCAGCAGCGAGCGUGCGUACCCAAGCCUGCCCAUCAGCUCGACCAAGUCACUCCUCUUCCUCGACUCGGAGGGCGACGUCAUCUCAUUCGCUCAACACAGGGGGUGGAUAGUCAGGGACGGCAGCAUCUUCUUCCCCGAUGCCACCGAGGGCGAGGAUGGCACGCACACCAAGGAGAUGAGCCAGAUGGUGAUAGAGAAUGCUCUGGGCUACGCGCGCGAGCUUGAGACGAUUGUGUAAUCAGACUAAUGACGGUCGGCGUUUGGCAAGCAUAGAGGAAUAGCACCCAGUGUCACUCGAAAACUCGCCA